GAUAUCUGACAAAUGUAAAAAAUAAUAGGAUGAAAAUGAAAAUAUUAUUCAAUUCAGUAUUCAGUCGCACUAGAAAGGAUAAUAUGUUGAUAGGUUUCGCAUGAAUGUAUGUUUGUUUCUUGAAGGAACGUUGAUCCGGGACUUUAUUUACAAAUGUUGUUUUACGAUAGAAGGCAUAAAAUGAAAUAUUGAAAAUGUUUGUGGACGAAGGAAAGAAACUUCCCAAUGAUUCCAAAAUAUGAAGUGUUCGUGGAAAGACCGAUAGUUGUCACGAAAAUACAAUUUGAUCUUGUGAAAAUGUCGGCUCCCUUGAAUUCAUAAUGUCGGAGAAUUUUACUGUUGUGCGGUUUUCCAGAGAUUCGUCUUUGGCAAAAAUUGAGAGUUUAAAAUAUUGUGAAACGCCUGAUAAAGUUUGUGAAAAUGUUCAUAACUUCGGAAUUUUUCAUGUGAUCUGUAUUGCCUUAUCAAUAAUUACUUAUUUUGUGGAUCUAAUACUGGCCGUUUUAUUGUUGUACUAUUUUUCGAUACACCAGUAUGGAACAUAUUUUGCUAUAACGUUAACCUUUACCUUAGUGCCUGCAAUGCUAAUGACAACAGUUAGUUUAAGGUGGUAUAUUAUAGACCACGACGAUCCAGCUGUUGGAAGGACCUCAGUUACGAACUGGAUAGUACGGAUUGUGGUGCUUCUUCUACAGCUGGCGCCGCUACUUCGAUAUGUGGAUACAUUGAUUUUCGGACUUAGGAGCAAAAUUGCUGGUUCGACCAGCUCCUAUACGGAACAGAUGACUUACUACAGAAAAAUGUUAGACGAAGACACCAAUAGUGCUUUAUUGAGGUUAUUUCACUGCUUUUUACACGCAGCGCCGCAAGCUUUGAUCCAAUUAGUGAUCUUAUUGAAGGAGGAGGUAACACACCCUGGAAAGAAACCCUUCCCGGAAGAUAUUGCAAUACUUCAAUUAUGGACUGUAAUGAUGGCUCUAAUUUCUAUUGCUUGGGCCCUAACUUCUUACCACAGAUCUGUGCGCUAUUCAAGGGAUGACAAGAAUAAACUCAAAUUCAGCGCAUCCUUGAUUGCUUUCUGCUGGCAUCUUAUGAGUGCAAUGUCUCGAGUAUUGGCCUUAGGACUUUUAGCGUCCAUUUUUCCCGUUUGGAUGGGUUGCAUAUGUGCCUUUCAUUGGGGUAUUAUGUCAUUCUGGCUAGCUAUUGGUCAUCACCAGAGUUCCUGCAGUAGCAGAUGUGAAGAACUUAUACUGUCAGUAGCACUAGGCUUAGCUUAUGUUUUGGCAUUUAUAUCACCCAAAGAUGGUCCUACUAGAUAUCUUUAUCUUGCAUAUUACUUAGUUUGUUUUAUGGAAAAUACUGGAGCACUGAUCGUUUGGUGUGUAGCAAACAACGCAAAUGACAGACCCCUGAUAUACUAUGGUGCAGCUGGUACUCAAAUGUUCACAUUUUUCCUAGGUAUCAUAUUCCUUCUAAUUUAUUAUAGUAAAUUCCACCCAACAGUAAUAAACAGAAAAAAGUUGCCUGAUGUGAAUUUUGGAAAGCCAGGUUACAGCAAGUCUUACAACAUGAGGAGAUCUAGUUCUUGAUCUUUAGUAUUUCUUUAGAUUUAAGCUAUAGUAACACUUUUACACUUUUAUAGAGAAUUUUUUACCGAUUUCUUAGACCACUACUUAACCUUGAAGGACAUCCAGGUAGUUGAGAAUAGUGUUCAAACCAUUUCUUCAUCUUUUCCUCCAAAAACUUUAUUGGUGAACAUAGAGAGUUUUUGUUUCAUCAAUGAUGUGAAAGCAUUUCUGAUAAUUUUUUUUUCAGUAUUUGUUGUUUGUGAUUCUAUUUGAAAUUUUGUGAUCUUUAUAUUUAUGAGUAUUUCUGUAUAAAUCUUUGUGAUAUGCAUCAUACAGGUAUAUCGUAUGAUUUUUGUUGGUGUACUGUUGUUAUAUUUACAUAUAUAUUUUUUGACACAUGUGCAUUUUGGAACUUUUCCUAUAUGCCAAUUAAACGUGUUACUAAUA